CCCAGGUGAAAACAAGUGCGACGUGAAGUGAGGGCUGCUGACUGAGGCGCGCUGCUACGAGAGAGGAGCCAAAAGAGGGAAGGAGCUACUAGCUUCCUGCAGGAGCUGGGGAAGCACAGCUCAUCUUCCCACGUGAGUGUUCCCGGCCAGGCCCGCCCGCUGGGGUGCAGGAGUGGGUUCGGACACCUCGAAACCGAGACCCUAGAACCUGGACUCAGAGUGGAGCUUCCUGCACUUGCGCCUCGAACCUCCAGCACCUCGAAGCGAGUGAGUCUGGGAGGGAGACUUUUAGGGGGUCGGCCCAUCCAAAGCAGGGGCAGCUGUCAUCUCAUUCCCGGGGCCCGGGGCCCGCACCCCGUCUUCCUGUGUCAGACACAGCAGCUCACUUCCCCAGUCACAGACGCACGCGAGUCUUUGUCCUUUGUCACAGUGAGCUCUUAAUCGGCUUGGCCCGUCGCACCACUGGAUGCAAGGGCUACGGCCCCCAGACGCGGCAGGUCUCCAGCUGGGGCAGGAGUCUCAGCCAAGGCAGGGAGGGAGCAAGAUCUGGAGCCUGCUCCUUCCCCCGGCCCCCUGGCGACCGGCUUUUUGGGACUGAGACUCUGUUGCUCCAUCCCGGUUUCCUUUUAUCCUCCUUUCUUCUCACAGGUAGGAAACCCCCGAGGGGAAGCGGAAGGGCCCGGAGGAAGCGGCCCGGGAGGGGACGGCAGGGAGAUGGGGAGCGGAAUCAGCGCGGAGGACAAGGAGCUGGCCAAGCGGUCCAAGGAGCUGGAGAGGAAGCUGCAGGAGGAUGCCGACAAGGAAGCCAGGACCGUGAAGCUGCUGCUGCUGGGGGCCGGGGAGUCGGGGAAGAGCACCAUCGUCAAGCAGAUGAAGAUCAUCCACCAGGACGGCUACUCGCCGGAGGAGUGCCUGGAGUACAAGUCCGUCAUCUACGGCAACGUGCUGCAGUCCGUGCUGGCCGUCGUCCGGGCCAUGGCCGCGCUGGGCAUCGACUACGCCGAGCCCAGCCGUGCGGAGGACGGGCGGCUGCUCAGCCACCUGGCCGACUCCGUCGAGGAGGGCACCAUGCCCCCCGAGCUGGUGGCGGUCAUCGGGAGGCUGUGGCAGGACGGUGGGGUGCAAGCCUGCGUGGACAGAGCCGCGGAGUACCAGCUCAAUGACUCGGCCUCCUACUACCUGAACCAACUGGACCGCAUUACGGCCCCCGGCUACCUCCCCAGCGAGCAAGAUGUGCUGCGCUCCAGAGUCAAAACCACAGGCAUCGUGGAGACCAAGUUCUGCGUCAAGGACUUGAACUUCAGGAUGUUUGACGUGGGCGGGCAGCGGUCGGAGCGCAAGAAGUGGAUCCACUGCUUCGAGGGGGUCACCUGCAUCAUCUUCUGCGCGGCCCUCAGCGCCUACGACAUGGUGCUGGUGGAGGACGACGAAGUGAACCGCAUGCACGAGUCGCUGCACCUGUUCAACAGCAUCUGCAACCACAGGUUCUUCGCAGCCACGUCCAUCGUCCUCUUCCUCAACAAGAAGGACCUCUUCGAGGAAAAGAUCAAGAAAGUCCAUCUCAGCAUCUGUUUUCCGGAGUACGGCGGGAACAACUCUUACGAAGACGCAGGGAGUUACAUCAAGAGUCAGUUCCUCGACCUCAACAUGCGAAAAGACGUCAAGGAGAUCUACAGCCACAUGACCUGCGCCACAGACACGCAGAACGUCAAGUUCGUGUUCGACGCGGUCACAGACAUCAUCAUCAAAGAGAACCUCAAGGACUGCGGGCUCUUCUGACCGCCGCCGCUUCUCGAGUGUGAGCCGUGCCGACGGGACUGGGGUCCGGGCGCUCCCCGGCGGGACACCAUGGGCCACGGCACCGUGACCCGGGGACGAGGGCACCCUCCCCUGGAGACGGGGCAGGCAUGGCCGGGACGGCCCUCCCACCCUGUGCUCUCAGCAGGGCAGCCCACACAGUUUAAAGAGCCCAGGGCCAGCAGUCGGAAGACCCGGGUUCCAGCACUGGUUCUGCACCUUACUGGAAAGUGUAAACACGUCCUCUGUCUGAGCGUGAGUCCCUCCCCUCCGAAACGAAGACCGUGCACUGCUCUGCUGCCUCCCAGGGUUAUUCUGACGAUCACAAACGUAACAGAAGGGAGGGCGCAGAAAGGCUGUGUGGUUAGUCUCAGGCAGAAACCCCGCAUGACGGCUGCCGUCCAGGAAACGCAGCACCAGGUUUCCUGAUGCACUGUCCCAGGCAAAGCAGAAGACAACGACAGAACCCCACCAUGAAAAACAAGCCCCCAGGCUAAGGCAACACAGAGAUCUGUCAGCGGUGGGUUUACUAAGAUCUGGAUGGCUGGAGAGGCAAGUUAGUUUCCAAGGCCCGUACCUAAAAACAAUCAUCUUUACUAAGCAUAGACUACCCUCCUCCCUCCUCCACCUGCUAACGAGACAAAGUUUCCUUUAGCUUUAAGUAACUGUUUCUCAGCUACACGAGCCACUUUCUGAGUAAACUGGGAGCGUGUCAACACAUUCGCACUCAGGAAUACUAUAAUGAUUUUACAGCCGCGACUUCUCCCUGACAGAAUUGAGAGUAAGCGAGCAAUCCUAAAAUUCUCAUUGCAACUGCUACAUGUUUUGCAACAAAACAGGCAGCUGAUCUUGCUUCACGCAGUAAAAACCUGUGCGGUUGGGGGAACUCCUGUGAGGCCUGGCUGAAAACAACAUCUUCCCAAACAGACCAAGUAAAUUGCCCCUUUUUACUUGGAGGGGAAAGGAAGCUGGCUUUGCAUUCAUCGUCACAGGAGGGGGUGAAGGCGGGUACAGAUUUAGCAUUUACAACUGCUCCUGAGGAAGGCUCUUGGCAUCCAGCUUCAGUCUAUAAAAGAACGUGUCAGUUAAAAUGAAAACACUCUCCUUGCCAGCAACAAACACACUUCCCCACUUAGGCUGCUACUAGCCCCAGUGAUACCAGAGAGCCGGAUGAGCCUGGAGCACACCGAGGAAAAAACUCGGGGCUGUUAAAAUUGGAUUCAUUUGCUAGUCUGGCUCCUGGAAAAGAAACCAGCUUGGGAGGAUUACCAGAGAAUCCAGGGAAACGACUCUGCCUACUGCCGAUGAACACGCUUCAGCCCCAGAAAAAGCCAGGGUGAGACGUCUUGCAUCCGUGCGCUGUACAGGGACUUUUCCAAGCCGCUGGCUUCAACUCUGACUCACUUCUGAGUUCUUUCUCCCCCCACCCCCCAACACCAAAUCCAAGGGAAAGUUUUAGAAAGUCACAGAGGUAGAAGAAGUGAGCCAGCUGGGCUGUGUGGGCUCAGGAAACAAGCAACAGAAGCAAAACAAGGGCCCUGGGAACUCUGGAGAGCGAGCAAUGGUGCGUGCCUUGGGGGAGUGAAAGGGAGGAAGAGGUAGGGAGGGGUGCUCCAGAGAAAGGGGGAGGGGAGGAGGGGAAGAGAGAGAGAACACCCUUUUUAUUUUUUUAUGGGUCCUUGGGCAGUCUGAUGAAAGCUCUGGGCCUCUUCUCAGAACACUUAAGAACGCCUGAAAUAAACUGGGAAUCACUGGGAAAACCAGCACACCAGGUGCAGUUCCAGGUGGCAGCUCUGAAGCACCCGGGCAGAAUCCUCACCAGAGCUGCGGCCUUGUCUACACAGGCCCCCAACACAGUCUAUCCCGCUUCAUCCACCUUCAAACAGGGAAGCCCCACCUCCCCACACUCACACCGUGUCCCUUCCUUCUUUCAUGAGCUUUCCCUUGAUCUCUGACUCCAGGCAGGGAUUCGUUCUGGGCCAGACUAGGAAGGUCUACCCCAGGCCCCCGGUCACUGGUGUUUCUGCAGAACCUGCCCCAAGUACGCGGGCAUGGACACGGUCAGCGAGACAGGCCUCCUGGAAGAACAACGUCUAGCAGAAUGAAAGUCUAGUUCAACUGUCCCCCUUUUCUCUGGUCGAUGUUCCACCUUUUAACUGGUUUGUAAACAGUCACACGAGCCACCUUGCACGAAUACCCACAAGUUCACUCUGGAGGCGGAAGCAGCGGUGCCCAGGGCAACCGUGGUCUGCGGCUGCUUCGGGAUCUGUUUACUCGUCUGACGAUGCUCUCCACUAGAACUCUUCGGGCCAGUCCACGUGGGAUAAAACUCUGGGGCCUUGGCCCUCCAUCCCCUUGCACCCCACAAUGGCGUCAAAAUGACCUCAGGAACUCUGGGCCAACAAGGGCUCGCCUCUGGGUGCGAAGGUGAAUGCCGUGGACAGGUUUCCCCGAAGGGCACUGCUCCCUCCCCAGCUUGACGGGCAGGCCCCCGGGUGGCCCCCAGACUACGCCCAGAGCACACUCGUACUGUACACACAACUGGUUUAUUUUUAUCUCACGGGCUUUUUGACUAGUGAGCAUGAAGAGUUCUUUUUGCAUAUAAUAGCUGCUAGAAAACUUAAAACCAAAAUUAGCCACGUA